AUGUAUCAGCAUCUGGCCCUAUCUACACUCUUGGCUACCGCUUUGGCUGUCCCGGCUCAGCUUCCGAGGGCCACCAGCCAAUAUGACUACAUUGUAGUAGGUGGAGGCACAUCUGGAUUGGUCGUCGCAAAUCGACUGAGCGAGGACCCGGCCGUUUCUGUGGCCAUUAUCGAGGCAGGCGCUUCGGUCUUCAACAACCCCAACGUGACGACCACCACGGGCUAUGGCAACGCUUUCGGCACGAGCAUCGACUGGGCUUACGAGAGCGAAGCGCAAAUCUACGCUGAGAAUAAGACGCAGGUCUUGAGAGCGGGAAAGGCUCUUGGAGGAACGAGCACGAUCAAUGGUGGGUGACUACAAUGUAGCUGUGUGAUGAGGUUUCGGCUAAAGGAGUGGCUAGGCAUGACUUACAUGAGGGCUGAAACUGGCCAGAUUGAUGCUUGGGCAAAGGUUGGCAACAACGUUACCUGGGAUUCUCUUUUGCCGUACUACAAGAAGAGCGAAGGCUUCCAAGUGCCUACUGCAGCGCAGGUCCAAGAUGGAUCCACUUACCAAGUCAGCGCACAUGGGUUUCAUGGCCCGCUUACCGUGUAAGUGCUUGCAAGAAUAUCGACCUCUCCAACUUUGGGAAUCUGCUCUAACGUCUGAGGGUUCGAUCGUAGUGGCUGGCCAAGUCAGAUGGUCGGCAACAACUUCUCUGGCAUCCUGAACGCGUCUUUCAACUCCGUGGGACUGCCCUGGAACGGCGAGCCGAACAAUGGCUACAUGCGUGGUUUCAACAUCUUCCCCAAGACUCUCAACCCCACUACAUCUAUCCGCGAAGACGCUGCCCGCGCAUACUAUUUCCCCAUUAGCACUCGUGCGAAUCUGCACCUCUACCAGAACUCUUCCGUCGAGCGACUGACCUGGGAGGAGGCAUCGCAUGGGUCUGACCCCUCUGUGAACGGCGUUGUUUUCACUGAUGCUUCCGGCAAUCAGCAUCAGCUCUCUGUGAAGAAAGAGGUUGUGCUGUCCGCAGGCGCUCUGCGCUCGCCGUUGAUCCUCGAGCAGUCUGGGGUGGGAAACAAGAAGUAAGUGGUCUUUUUGGACUCUUCCCUUUGACUGUCCUGCUAAUGAUUGAGAUAGAACCCUCGAGAAGCUUGGGAUUGAAGUCAAGGUAUGUUACAGAAAGGCAGAAGCCAUUCUCAACCCGAUGUUCCGUUUCCAAGCCACUGAUCUACCCGCCGUGCCAUACUAUCUCUCACUACUCUGUCUUGGACACCGCUGAUGCUCUUUCCUUCUGUGUAUUAGGUCGAUCUCCCCUUUGUCGGUGAAAACCUUCAAGAUCAAACCACCAUCGACACAGCCUAUGCUGCCAAGGAAAACUUCACCGGAUCAGGUGGAUUCAUCGGAUACUACAACGCGGAGGAUGUCUUCGGCCGCCAUGCCGCUCACACCAUCUCCAAGACCAUCCGAUCUUCCAUCCCGGCGUACGCCAAGAAGGUCGUCGAAGCCUCCGGCAACGUCGUCAGCCAAGCCGCAAUCGAAAAGCUCCUGGAGAUCCAGCACAAGAUCGUCUUCGACGACAAAGCCGUCAUCGCCGAGAUCAUCGUGAACGCGCCAUCCGGCGGCAUGGCAGGCAUCGAAUACUGGGGCCUGAUCCCCUUCUCGCGCGGUAGCAUCCACAUCACCUCGGCCAACGCCUCGGCCCCGGCCUCCAUCAACCCGAACUACUUCAUGCUCGACUGGGACGUCCAGCAACAAGUCGGCACCGCGCGCAAGGCCCGCGAGAUCGCCAACGCAACCCCCCUGAACGACUCCUACGGCGCGGAGAGCACGCCCGGUCUGGCCGUCGUGCCCGCGAAUGCCACUGAGGAGGUGUGGGCCCACUGGCUCAAGUCAUCCUACCGAUCCAAUUUCCACUACAUUUCCACCGCGGCGAUGAUGAGCAGGGAACUGGGAGGGGUUGUGGAUAGUGAUCAUUUGGUCUAUGGCACGGCGAAUGUCAGGGUUGUCGAUGCCAGUGUGUUGCCCUUCCAGGUCUCGGGUCAUCUGACGAGCACGCUCUAUGCUUUGGCGGAGCGAGCGGCGGAUCGGAUUAAGGCGAGACAUGCUUGA